AUUCACUCAACCUUCAUAUUUCAACAUACUACUCAGGGGAAAAACUGACAAUAUUUUCUCUUUCUUCACAGGUCUCGUCCAUUUGCGACUAUGGCUUCUACCGAUUCUGUUCCCAAGGCCAUGGAGGCUCUCAACAUCUCCAAGACCAAGGAGCUCAAAGGUACUGAGAAGCGAGACACUCUGGUCGCACUCGAGAAGAAAUAUCAACAGAAAUGGCAGGACGAGAAAGUCUUCGAAGCUAAUGCACCCACCACGGAUGAGGUGCCUCUCCACUCCAUUCCCGCCGCCGAACUUCGGGAGCAGCAGCCCAAGUUCUUUGGAUGCAUGGCCUACCCUUACAUGAACGGAACUCUUCACGCUGGUCACUCUUUCUCUGUCAGCAAGGUUGAAUUCGCUGCUGGUGUUGCACGCAUGCAGGGAAAGCGAGCCCUCUUUCCCAUGGGCUUCCACUGCACUGGUAUGCCCAUCAAGGCUUGUGCCGACAAGCUCGUCGACGAGGUCAAGAUGUUUGGCCAGGACUUUUCGGGCUACAAGGAUGAUGAGCCUGUUGUCGAAGAGAAAGCCCCCGUUGUCAAGCAGAUCAAGGAGGAUAUCACCAAGUUCAAGGCUACGAAGGGCAAAGCUGCGGCGAAAUCUGUCAAGAUGAAGUACCAGUUCCAGAUCAUGCAAGCUAUCGGAAUUCCCACCGUGGAAAUCCACAAGUUCGCUGACCCUCAACAUUGGCUUCAACAUUUCCCUCCCCUGUGCAGGGAAGACCUGACCAAUUUUGGUUGCCGUAUCGACUGGCGUCGAUCUUUUGUCACCACUGAUGCUAACCCUUACUACGACGCUUUUGUUCGAUGGCAGAUGAACCGUCUCAAGGAGCUGAAUAAAAUCAAGUUCGGCAAGCGAUACACCAUCUACUCUAUCAAGGAUGGUCAGCCCUGUAUGGACCACGACCGAUCUGAAGGCGAGGGUGUUGGCCCCCAGGAAUACACUGCCCUGAAGAUCAAGGUUCUCGAAUGGGCUCCUAAAGCUGCCGAGGCCCUGAAGGGUAAGCUCCCGGAGGGUGCUAACGUUUACAAGAUCGCGGCUACUCUGAGACCCGAAACUAUGUAUGGCCAAACUUGCUGUUUCGUGGGUCCCAAGAUCACCUAUGGCGUUUUUAAGGCCAACGACAAUGACUUUUAUGUCAUGACGGAACGUGCCGCACGUAAUAUGGCGCACCAGGGUAUCUUUGCUACCGAGGGUGUCGUCGAGAAGGUUGCUGAUGUCCUUGGUUCUGACAUGGUCGGCACUCUUGUUGAUGCUCCCCUCUCAUUGCACAAAGAGGGAGUACGUGUCUUGCCUAUGGAGACUGUUCUCCCUACAAAGGGUACUGGAGUUGUCACCUCCGUGCCAUCUGACAGUCCUGAUGAUUUUGCUACUGUGACCGACCUGGCCAAGAAGGCUGAUUAUUAUGGGAUUCAGAAGGAGUGGGCUGAGCUUGAGAUCUUCCCCAUUAUCGAUACACCUAGUUAUGGUGACCUCUGCGCUCCUUUCCUGGUCAAGAAGCUCAAAAUCGCUUCUCCUAAAGACACAAAGCAGCUUGAGGAGGCCAAGGAGCUGGCGUACAAGGAAGGCUUCUACCAGGGUGUUCUGAAGGUGGGCGAGUUCAAGGGUGAGAAGGUCGAGGUUGCUAAGCCUAAGGUCCGACAACAAAUGAUCGAUGCCGGUCAAGCCUUUGCCUACUCUGAGCCUGAGCGCAAGGUUGUCAGUCGAUCAGGCGAUGACUGUAUCGUUGCUCUUAUGGACCAAUGGUACUUGGACUACGGCGAAGAGUCAUGGAAGAAGACUGCACUUGACUGGGUUGAGAAUGGCCUAAACACUUACACAACUGAGACCAAGAACAGUUUCGAGGGUGUCCUGAACUGGCUGAACCAGUGGGCUUGUGCUCGAACCUACGGUCUCGGCUCCAAGCUCCCUUGGGAUCCUCAAUUCUUGGUAGAGAGUCUGAGUGACUCGACUGUUUACAUGGCCUACUAUACCAUCGCCCACCUUCUACAUAAGGACAUCUUCGGAAAGACAAAGGGAAGUGCCAAUGUUGGACCGGAGCAAAUGGUUGACGAAGUCUGGGACUACGUCUUUUGCCGCCAGGAGCUCAGUGACGAGAUACUCACAAAUAGCAAGAUCCCCAAGGAGACCCUGGAGAGCAUGCGCCGCGAGUUCGAGUACUUCUAUCCUCUUGACGUGCGAGUCUCGGGCAAGGACUUAAUUGCGAAUCAUCUCACAUUUUUCUUAUAUUCCCAUUUGGCCCUAUUCUCUCAAGAGUAUUGGCCUCAAAGUAUCCGCGCGAACGGUCAUCUAAUGCUCAAUGGCGAGAAGAUGAGCAAGAGUACCGGUAACUUCAUGACUCUCCGAGACUUGACAGAGAAAUACGGUGCGGACGCUUCUCGUAUUGCUCUUGCGGAUGCUGGCGAUGGAGUCAAUGAUGCCAAUUUUGAGGAGGAUGUUGCCGAUACCAACAUUCUCCGAUUAUAUACUCUCAAGGAGUGGUGCGAGGAUAUGGUUCGAGACCAGGAUCAACUUCGAACUGGUGAGUUGAAUUCGUUCCAGGAUGCCUUGUUCAACAACGACAUGAACGCGGUUAUCAAGGAGGCUGUUGAGCAGUAUGUCAACACCAACUACAAGCUGGCCUUAAAGGCUGGUCUAUAUGAGUUGACGAGCGCUCGCGAUUUCUAUCGAGAAGCCUGCGCAGCAGCCGGCAUAAAACUGCACCGCGAUCUUGCCCUCCGGUAUAUCGAGGUACAGGCUCUGCUGCUGGCGGUCGUUGCUCCCCACUGGUCUGAGUACAUUUGGCUUGAGGUGCUGAAGAAUGAGGGCACUAUUCAUAAUGCUCGAUUCCCCGAGAUUAAGGAGGUCGAUGCUUCCCUGUCGGCGAAGCGUGACUAUGUACGAAACACUGCUUCCAACGUCAACUCGGCGGAGGGUCUGCAACUGAAGAAGAAGGCCAAGGGCAAGGAGACAUCGUUCGACCCCAAGAAGCCUAAGCAACUCACAAUCUUUGUCACGGACAAAUUUCCAGCUUGGCAAGCGAAGUACAUUGAUCUCUUGAAGGAGAUGUGGAACGUGGAGGCUAAGUCAGUCAACGAUAAGGAGCUCAAUGGCAAGAUUGGCAAGAUGGGAGAAAUGAAGAAGGCCAUGCCAUUUGUGCAGAACCUCAAGAGACGACUUCAGGCCGGCGAGCCAGCGAGCGUGGUCCUGGAGCAAAAGCUGGCAUUCAACGAAAAGGAGACUCUCCUGCAGAUGGUUCCUGGAUUGAAGCGGACUAGCGGCCUGGUUGCUUGCCACAUCAUCUCAGUCGAAGAGGGCAGCAAGAAGGGAACCAACCUCGGAGAUGGAAAGGAGGUGGAGCUUUCAGUACCUGCAGCCGAGCAUGCAGUCCCUGGACAGCCAACAUUCCAUUUUGAAAAUGUUGAGGCUUGAAUGUAGGAGCUUAAGAAAAGGAGAUGAUCUUGCUUGUUGUCAACAUAGAAUGUAUGACACGGGGAUGCAUGUACACGGUAGAGGUUACGUGUUCCUGCAUCAGAUGUGUGUACUGUAUGUGGAUCGAUAGAUCUGUGUUUUGAGUUAAAAUUGGAAAAGUCGUCGAUCAAUUAUACUAGAGACGGGCUUGCUUUGUUAUGCCUGGCAUGAUUGCUGUGAUUUGGAUUCUGAUCUGGGUUGAGCUUGAUGAA